AUGCACUUUGCCUUUUUGACGAACCCGGCCUCGGGCCAGGUCAAUGUCCACUUCGCAACGGCUCAGCAGCUCCUUUCUCAAGGCCACCGCAUCACAUUUCUCUCGGCAGAAUCAUGUGGUAGCAAGGUUUCCCGUUUUCGUGAUUGUCAGGCUCCAUCACUUCAGACUCUUGUUCAAUUCAUGAGUUUGGGUUCUGCGCAAAUCAUUGAAGACUAUACGAAAUUAGCACAAGUAGAGCUGUCAACUAUGCAGGGAACCCCCGGAAGCAUUCGAAGUUUAGUGACGGGUAUCAACGGAGCAUUUGGUCCCAGUGAAGUCUACGCAGCAAUAGUCAUCAAGGUCUCGAAAACUCUGGAAGAGUUGGACCCUGACAUGAUUUGUGUCGACUGCUUCUCGUCUCCCUACAUUCACGGAACGCGAUUGACACAACGCAAGUACAUGGUCUUUGUGCCCUGCUCUCCUGGUCUUACUGCCUCGCGAGGAAGCUUUAUCCCUCAUCCCAUCGCUGGAAAUCGUAAAAGAUCAUGGGGAACACUUGCCGAGAACGUCGUCCUUCGAGCGCACGAGUUCCUCCACAGCCGCACCGAUGCCAAACGACUUGCCAAGCACCGCUUACUACUAAAGGGUCUCAAGUUGAAGUCGUUUGGAUACUCUGAGGAUACGUGGAUUCUGCCGCCAUAUUGGAAGGAUCCCAACUGCGUGGCCGGUGUCCACUUCAACACCUUGGGCCUCGCAGACUGCCCAGAGCAGCCGUCCAAGCUAGCUUUUGUCGGGGCCGGUCUUUGUCCUGACAUGUCCCCCAUCAGCUCCGAACCAGAUGAGGACGUUGCUUGGAUGGAUGAGGCUCUGAGCCGUGACGAGCAUGUCGUCUACAUGAACAUGGGAUCCAUGUUUAUCUGGCGAGAAGAAGAUUUUUGGAACUGCAUGAAAGCGUUUCAAAACCUCAGCAACAACCUACACGGCCGUGUACGCUUCCUCGUCAAGAUCAACUCGCCCAUUGCGGCCGUCAAGGACGCUUCGCUCAAUUUCCACAUCAACCAAGCGGACCUGCCGUCGUGCGUUCGCCUCACGCACUGGGUCAAGGACCAGGUCGCCAUUUACUCACACCCGGCCCUCCGCGUCUUCAUCCACCACGGCGGCGGCAACUCGUUCAACGAGGCCGUCCACUUUGGCCUGCCCCAGCUCGUGCUCAGCCAGUGGUUCGACACGCACGAGUACGGCUUUUGCGCGGAAAAGUUUGGCCUCGGCUUCCGCAGCCGACGUCCGCCGCGCAUCGAAAGGGCCGACGUGGAGGCGAAGCUGCGGCGCAUGCUCGGCAAUCAGUGGCCCGUGUACAAGGAAAACUGCAUGGCGUGGGCGGUGCGGAGCCGGAUUGGCGGCGGUGCGGUGGCGGCGGCGCAGAUGGUGGCGGCACAUGCCGAGCAGAGCGAGAAGAGCGCAUCGCAUCAGUCUUCGCGUAAAUCUUCAUUGUGUUAUUUAAAGGUGGAUCGCGUGAUUGAAAAGGUCCAGGUCAAACACUCGUCAUCAUUUUGA